AUGUCAGUCAACCGCACCAUAGACGACGAGUAUGGUGACAGCGUCACGGGCGUGAAACCCGUAUACGGGCCUAGCUCCGACCCAACUGGCAACUGGAUACAAGGCCUGACCUGCGUACACUGCACCAUGCUCCCCGGCAAGGUCAUAGACAUCUCGCAGACCUUCAACGGAACCUGGCACGACUCUACCUACCACCCGGGAAACCCGGACCACACCAUCGACGCCCCCUUCACGGGCACAGCGAUCUAUGUGUAUUUCAUCAUUCCCAACUUCGUCGCGUUCACGACGACCCUCGUGAAUCUCAGCUUCACCAUCGAUGGCACGUUUUUCAAUCAAUACGAACACAUCCCGGACCUCAGUACGUCCACAAUCGAGUACCAAACGCUUGUCUUCCACACAACCAAUCUUGUAAACACGGACCACAAUAUUCAAGUCCGCGCGAGUGGCAACAACGCCUCCAUUUUGCUGUUCGACAACAUGAUCUACACC